AUGCUACUAACAAAGAAGAUGAAGUACGAUCUACCCCAACUAUCCAUGGCUGGCACAAAAAUUAAUCUCGUAGAGGAAAUAAAACUGCUGGGCCUCAUCAUAGACCGCAGGUUAACUUUUAAAGCUCAUAUUACCGCUCAGUGUAAAAAGGCAGCGGAUAUUUACAAACAGCUAGCGCGAGCGGCGAAAGUAACCUGGGGACUUAACGGUGAAAUUGUGAGGACAAUAUACAUCGCAGUAGUGGAGCCCAUCAUGACAUACGCCGCAAGCGUCUGGUCGGAAGCCGUUGAACUGGAAAUGAACAAAAAACAACUGUUCUCGCUGCAAAGAGGUUUCGCGCAGAAAAUAUGCAAAGCCUACCGAACAGUGUCGCUCACAUCUGCACUGGCACUAUCGGGAUUGCUGCCUCUCGAUCUCAGAAUACAGGAGGCAGCAAAUCUGUACAAAUCCAAAAAACUUUUGUCAACCGACUACCUCCCGCCAGGCAAAGAGCUCGAACGGAAAGUAGGGUACCUGGACUUACCACAUCCGUCCACACUUACCUCUACCAACUACGAGUUCUUUGAAAACACCAACCCGUUGCAUACCGGUUCCCAAAUCUUCACGGAUGGAAGCAAGAUAGAGGGAAAAGUCGGCGCCGCCCUAAGUUGGUGGGAGGAUGGAAAAGAAAAACUGUCCGAGACUUUUGGUCUCCACCCGUCGUGCACGGUCUUCCAAUCGGAACUUUAUGCCCUUCACAGGGCAACAAGACUGGUGAGCUCUAGUACGGAUAACAAAGUGAACAUCUUGAGCGACUCGAGAUCAUCACUCGAUCUGCUCCGAAAUCCGAAACUGAGCCACCCCCUGGCAAGAAGCAUAAAGGAAAACAUUGCGAGGGUCGUGUGCGAGGGCAGGGAGAUAAAAAUGUUCUGGCUGAGGGCACACAUUGGAACUGCCGGGAACGAAAGAGCCGAUGAGCUCGCCAAAACGGCAGCUCUACAAAGCACCUUCCACGACUAUGACAAAGUCCCCCUGUCCUAUGUCAGGAAAAAGAUCAGAGAGGAAUCGCACCACCACAAGCAACUCCUAAAGAAACAGCAACACAUCAGCUGUUGGAUUGUGGAGAAAAAGGAGAAGCUAGACUAA